AUGCUUACCAUAGUCCUCCCAGUUCUCGCCUCGGCCCUCCGCGUGGCCGCUGGCCUCGUGGUUCAGCGAGACCCAGGAGACCCCGAUUUCUACAACACCGUGGCCGAGAUAUACUCAGGCCCAGACUGCGCUGUGGACAGCUUCGUGUGGGCCGACCCCAUCUUUGGGCGCGGCGGCGUGUGCCAGCCUCUCGACAGGAACAACAACACCCCAGAUAUCCUGAGCUACAGGCCUACCGCCAUCUAUCCAGACUGUACAGUUACCCUCUACACCGACUCGGAAUGUCAAAGCACGCCGUACACUGCAGUUGUGGGUGAAUGUGUGCAAGCAGGGGUCCCUCUUGUCAGUGCGUUCGUCCAGUGCCCUUUCUCGGACAAGCUUUGA